GUGACGAGGAGGACAGAAGCUGUGCUCGCACUGAAAAACAGCAUUGCAGUCUCAAAGGAGGCGUUGCGUGUGCAGAGGGCACGUGCCCAUGCUGUGGGCCAGAGGCGCAGCAGGGUGGAGGGGCAGCAGGUGGAGGCUCUGAGGAUGGAGGGCAAGAACACCACCCGAGAACUGCACCAGCAGCGUGUGCUCAACGCCCUUCACCACAGGAAGGAGGAGUUUGAGGAGAGGCAGAGGGCUCGGAGGAUGGAGAUUGUCUCCAAACUUCUGCAGGAGGAAGAGUUCAUGGAGAAAAGCAAGCAGCGACAGGCUCCGCCCCUCCCAGUGGCCCAGGCCAAAGGAGCAGAGAGGACCAUGGGAAACAGGAAGACCUUUGACAAGAUCCUGAAGAAACUAGAACCAGUGACUUCAGAAGCUGAGGAACACACACCGACGAUGCACCCCGCACAGCCCCAACAGGAGGGGCUUAGAGGGAUGAGUGACACCUCCGCACAGCCCCAACAGGAGGGGCUUAGAGGGAUGAGUGACACCUCCGCACAACCCCAAAAGGAGGGGCUUAGAGGGAUGAGUGACACCUCCUCAGACGAGGCCUCAGAGGAGGAAGGGACGGACCCCGAUGGAGAGGAAGAGGAGAGCGGAUCGGACGACAGUCAGCUGGAGCCAGUGUGCACACUGGAGGAGCUCGCUGUGAAGGCGCCGGUGAAAGAGCGCCCCCCUCUGGUGGAUCGCAGAGUGCAGGCUCCACUGCUGCAGAAAAGGCCUGGGAAAGGAUUCAAGGGGCCGCCCUUCAUCAGCAAGCCAGGCGUCAUUCACUUCAAGGACUUUGAUGUUGGCAAGGUGUACAAGAAGAGGCUCACCCUGACUAACGUCACUUACUCCACCAACUACUGCAAACUCCUUGGGAUCAGCACCCACCUGACGGACUUCAUAUGUCUCAGCUUCCAGCCCCCCGGACCCAUGUCUCCUGGCAUGGCCUGCGAGAUGGAGGCUGUGUUCAAACCAGUGAUGAAUGAGGAUCUGGAGGGGGAGGUUUGUUUCUCCUCUGCAGCAGGAAGUUUCUCUGUGCCUAUCAGAUGCACCACCAAGAAGUGUCAGAUGGUUGUAGAGAGCAGCCUCAUUGACUGUGGGAGCCAUGUGGUGGGCCAGACAAUGACACGCGUCAUCACCCUGAGCAACCAGGGGGCCCUUGGCACACACUACACCCUGCUCCCCGCCUCCUCGUCCAAUCACACGCAGCUCCACUCGCCAAGCCACGCCUCCUCCUCCAGCACUAAGAUGCCUGUAAGCAGAGAGGAGUCUGUAGAACAUGAGAGCCCCCUGCAGCAGACUUUAGGGGAGAGCAUAGCAGAGCAGCAGAGUUCAGAGAGCCCUACCAAACACUCAGGGGCUUCCUCAACAACAUUGUGUGUGAGUGUGUGUGGUGAGGAGGCGGUGUGUGUAGACUCCCCCUCCGUUCCCCCCCAGUCGGAGCAGGACCAGCUGCCCGACCCGCAGGCGCCCAGCCCAGACCAGCUCACUCUGGACCGCACCGAGUCCAGCAGCGACACCAGCGCCGACACCAGCACCGAGAUCCAGCUGCCACAGGUCAGAGAGGGUGAGGUGGGCCCCUUCGGCAGUGCCAAGAUCAACAUCACCUUCAAUCCCACAAUCCCCGGCGAGGCCCACUUGGACUUCCUGAUCACCUUCUCAGAGCCGGCCUGCCAAGCGAUCCCUGUGAGUGUGUGCGGAACGGCGGUGAGUGCGCCUGUGUAUGUGACUCAGCCUGAUCUGGACCUCAAGAUCUGCAGUUACGGACGCCUCUACCAGCAGAGCAUCACUGUACAGAGCAGGGCACACACAGCGCUGCGUCUGAUGUUUGAUGUGUGUAAGGAGCUCAGAAACCACAUCGAGAUUUUGCCCAAGAGCGGCUACGUCCAGGCCCAGACCACCUUUCAGGCCCAACUCAAAUUCCUGCCCAGGCGGUCACUGGCAGAGGAUGCUGGGAGAUUCUUCGACAAGGAGACCGGAGUCCUGGAGGUCCCUCUCUCUGUUCAAGUAGCAGACCAGGCGCGGCCCGUCCCCUUCAUGGUGCAUGCGGUGGUCACUACCUCGGAGCUGGAGUUUGACCGUACGGAGCUGGACUUUGGACACUGCUCAGUCCGGGAGUCUGUGAAGGUCGGCCUGCGGCUCACUAACCACUCACUGCUCCCACAGGACUUUGGGUUUCUGGGUGUACCCAAGUUCAUGGACGUGCAGCCGGGUGACGGCUUCGGGACGCUGUUGCCCCAGGAGACGGUGGACCUGGAUGUGAUCUUCAGUCCGCAGACGGCCGACGACUACAACUUCCAGCUCACCUGCAGGUCAGGGGUCAACAGGACCUUCUGGCUGCAGUGUCGGGGCGUGGGGGUGCAGCCGGUGCUGGAGCUGUCUCACACACUGGUGGAGUUCCGGGCGACGGCGGUGGGCAGCCGCUCCUGUGCCAGCCUGUACGUGCUCAACACACACACCAGCACCAACCAGUACACACACAGCGUCCCCCGCGUCGGCCCCGGGCCCCCGGCCCCCGUCGGCCCCCGCAGGUUCGCCUUCUGCCCCCCCCACACCCAGGACAUCACACUCACCCCCACCAACGGACGCGUGGGGCCCGGACAGAGAUGUUUGGUGCAGGUGACCUUUAACCCCUGCCUCUCUGAUGACAUCAUCAAAGCAGAAGCGGCUCGUCUUCUGGGAAUAAAGCAGCAGCAGGCAGCAGAGAUCUGCAGCAAAGCCACCAGCAUGGAGACACCUACACAGCUUACCAAAAAGGAGGUGGUGCCAGAGACCAAGAAGGGUAAAAAGCCUCCAGCCAAUCGCAACGCAGCAAAGAAGAACAGCAAAGUCACCCUCAGCCCUAAAACAGAGAGUCCACCCAACACACAGCAGAGCGAUGAGGGCUUGGGGCCUGCUGUGGAGUCUCUGCUGCGCUCCUUCAAAGACAAACACCAGCGCUGCAUCAUCCCCUGUUUCAUCUCAGAAGGAGACGCCAGCGAAGAAGAGGAGGACUGCAGCUACAGCCCCCAUAACACCCUGUACCUGGAGCUGAGGUGCCCGGUGGUGCGGCCCAGUCUGCUCCUGCUCAACCACAGCAGCGGAGACAACACACUCAACUACCAGCAGGUGCUACUGGAUGAGAAAGUGGUGAAGAGAGUCACUGUGCAGAACAUCUCUGAGGAAAACCUGGAGCUGACAUCAUCAGUGCUGGACCUGAGCGGACCCUUCCUAUUGGUCAAUGCUCUGAGAGCUCUGAGACCAGGAGACACACACACACUGCUGCUGGCCUUCACCCCCACACAGGAGAAGAAGUAUCGUGAGAUUCUGGAGGUGCGCUGCAGUAGGAUGAGUCUGGAGCUGUCUCUGAGUGGAGAGGGUGUGAAGCCCCUGGUCACAUGUUCACACGCAGGACCAGCCAUGGGGUUGGGAUACGUGCUGGAGAACGACAGUGCAUCUCAAGUCAUCAAGCUGCAUAAUGGCUCAGUCUUGACAGUGAAGUUCACAGCGUUUCUGGCCAGCCCUCCACCCACACAGCAGCAGCAGCCUCUCGCCCAAUCAGACGACACCGAGCAAACUCAAGACCCAUCACCAACUGGAGAUGUCCAGAGCUGUGGUGGUCGGUGUGCGUUUCUUGUGUCGCCUGCAGAGGGCGCUAUUCCUCCAGGUAAAUCUGCAGACGUCACCGUCACCUUCCAGCCUGAUCACGAGAGCCUCGCUUACUCCGACAGAGUGACCAUUCAGCUCUCUAACAAGCAAACCGUGUGUGCACUGGAUCUGCAGGGAGCAGCUCGACGUAACAUCAUGUACCUGUUAGGAGGAGAACCUCUGGAGGAGAACCUAGCAGAUCCAACAGGUGUGUUGAAGGUCCCUAACUCUGUGCUGCUGACCCUGAGGAGUGAGGGGGGCGGGGCCUAUGUGUCACGCUCACUGGAAGUGGGCUGCAUACGCACCACCCUGCCUGUGACCAAGAAGAAUGUAGAGUUUGCGUGGGAGAAUGUUCCGGCGCUGAAGCAGAAGGGCUUCAAUGUGGAGCCGCUGAAGGGGACGGUGGAGCCCGGUGGCCGGCGCUGCCUCUCCGUCUCGUGGGCGCCCCCUAAAGGCACACCGCUGGAUGAGGUGGUGGAGGUGACUGCUCCACUAACGCUGAAAGGAAAUGAGACAGAAGUUUACAGUGUGACCCUCCGAGCACAAACACACACACACGCAGGCUAAUAUAUCAACACACACACAAGCUAAUAUAUCAACACGU